AAUACCUGCGAAAUCCGCCAAAUUUGCCGUUUUGAAGAAAUUUGAUUCAUUUGAUCUAUUUGAUCAGCAGAAUUCAGUUGCUAUUUAAAUAAAAAGGAAUGUAUGGUAAGAAAAAGGAAGUUAUUGAGCAGUAUGUGGCUAACGAGAAUAUUUGGGAAUCAUCUUCAUCAAGUACUAGCGAAAAAGCAGCUGCAUGGCGCCGUCAACUGAUUUUAUUGGGAGAUCCUAUUCAUGAAUUAACUAAUACAGAAACCUACGAGUUGCUUGAGCGACACUACACUCGAUUGGAUUCUACGCAUCUGCUUGAGCACAGGAAACAGCGCAUGGAAACUGUGAAGUCACUAUUGAAAAAAAAUGUCCACCUACCAAAGCCCACGGCGCGUAAAUGCGAAAAUUAUAUGUUUGAGGAUUCUGAUUUUGAACCGCCUUGCCAUGGCAUUUACGAGAGUUGUAAAACAUUACAAAUAACUGACUAUCAUCUAAAGUUUUUGAAUGGUUUCACUUCCACCAACGAAAUUAUGGAAUGCGAAAGCAUUAUUGAUAUAGACAAACCCUCUAAUCCGAGAAGUACUAUGGAAAAUUUUUUACAACAACCAAAAGAAGUAAGACAGUGUCGCGAUUUUGACACCUCAUCGACAAGUAAUAGCAAUUUAUUAAAAAGCAAAGAAACUGAUGGAACAGCAUCACCUAAUGAAGGGAAUCCGUUCCGAACAGCGCGGGAAAUACUUUUAACGAAAACUUUUAAGAACCAGAAUGGAAGUAACAUCAAACCUUCAGCGGACGGCCCAGGCAAUUCGAAAGAAACAAGUGCGCCUCCUUAUUUAAACUAUGGCAUAACAAGGAAAAUGUUAGGGACUCGACGAACAGUCAGAUCGGGUUUUGUAUUACCUGUUGCAAGAGAAGGCCCCCUAGAACUAAAUUCAUCACCUCCGAUCAAUCCGUCGCCUCCAAUCCAAUCAUCUCCAGAAGUAGUUGACGAACGGCUUGCCAACAUUGACCCAAAAAUGGUAGAUUUAAUCAAAAGUGAAAUCAUGCAUAAAUAUAAACCGAUGGAUUGGGAUGACAUCGCUGGUCUGGAAUAUGUUAAAUCGGUUAUUAAAGAAGCUGUUGUUUACCCACUACUACGGCCGGAUAUAUUUACAGGCUUGCGACGUCCCCCACGCGGAAUCUUAUUAUUUGGGCCUCCAGGCACGGGAAAGACUCUUAUUGGCAAAUGUAUAGCUUCUCAAUCACAGUCCACAUUUUUUAGCAUUAGUGCAUCGUCUUUGACAUCUAAAUGGGUUGGCGAAAGUGAAAAAAUGGUUAGGGCAUUGUUUGCUGUGGCGGCAGUACAUCAACCUUCGGUUGUUUUUAUUGAUGAAGUUGAUUCGCUUUUGUCUAAACGAUCAGAAUCUGAACAUGAUAGUUCCCGAAAAUUAAAAAAUGAAUUCUUGGUUCAAUUAGAUGGUGCUUCUACAAGUGAAGAGGAUCGUGUACUCAUUGUAGGCGCUACUAAUAGACCCCAAGAGUUAGAUGAUGCAGCACGCAGACGGUUUGCACGGCGAUUGUACAUUCCUCUACCAGAAAUGAAAGCACGAAUCCAAAUUCUUAAAAAUUUACUUGCAACUGUAAGUAACGAUUUGGACGAAAACAAUAUACAGGAGGUUGGACAUCAAACUGUCGGUUACUCUGGUGCUGAUAUGGAUAUCCUUUGUCGCGAAGCAUCUAUGGAACCCUUGCGUGCAAUACCCGCUGAACAAAUUCCACAUAUAGUAAAAGAUGAGGUACGCCCGAUAAAUAUAGACGAUUUCAAAUCUGCGUUACAUAGUGUCCGUCCUAGUGUAUCAAAAGAUGAUUUGGCUCAAUACAUUGAAUGGAAUCGGGAAUAUGGCGCAUUACAACAAUUGAAAUAAGUGGCGUUUUUAAGCUAAAAUUAGCUCCGUCGGUCUAUAAUUAUGGAUUGUAACUCACAAGUAGGUAAUUCUCAAACAUUUUUUAAUUUCCAAGUAAUUCCUAAAAGAUUUCGCAAAUCAAUACGGUAAAGAUAACGAAAAAGGGAUAACUACCUGUUUUUUAUAUACUAAUCUCAACUUGUGAGUUUUUUAAAUAAAAUAUUUUUGAAGGCGAUGAAGCCCAUGAAAUAAUGCAUAU